AUAUAACAAAACCCAUGGGAAGAAUAAGAAAGACAGAGGACGACAAUGCUCGAAAGAGGAAGGUGUAAACGGAACGAUAAUAUCGACAUACGCUCGCAAACAAGUGUGGUUGAAGUGAUCUGACCUUCUUCGUAGUAACCUUAACUUAUUAAGGAUGCUUACUACGAGCAACAAUAGAAGAAGAUUCGUCCGAGUCGUAACCUGGUCUUGAGAUAUCGGCAACCGUGAACGUAAGCAGCCUUGCAACGAUAAGCAGAAACAACGUAGUUCGACUACGGUGCGACGUAGAAAAUGUCGUGUUCGAGCGAGCUGUCCCGUUCACAGGAAUAUUUAAGCUUUCGUAGCUCUGUCCCGCUGAGGAAGAUUGUCGUCGACGCCGAUGGCACCAAGGGAUGGAAAGUGUACGAUUCUAGUCCAAAAACCAUCAAGUGUCCGCUCGUGUGUCUUCCGCCGGUUAGUGGAACGGCCGAUGUCUUUUUUAAACAGGUGUUGGGUUUAGCAGCCAAAGGAUACAGAAUCAUAUCGGCCGAGUCGCCCGUGUAUUGGAACGUCAAGGAGUGGUGCGAUGGAUUCAGAAAACUCCUGGAUUACAUGGAGUUAGAUAAGGUGCACAUUUUUGGCGCCUCAUUAGGUGGAUUUCUGGCACAAAAAUUCACGGAGGUAAAUGCUCACUGUCCCAGAGUUGUGUCGUUGGUCCUUUGCAAUUCGUUUACAGACACCUCGGUAUUCAGUUACAACGAAUCGGCGGGGGUCUUUUGGAUACUGCCGUCGUUGGUAUUGAAAAAGAUGCUAAUGGGAAAUUUUGUGGCGGACAAAGUCGACGGAGAGAUCGUAGAAGCGAUUGAUUUUAUGGUAGAGAGAUUGGAAAGUUUGACACAGCCGGAGUUGGCCUCUCGAUUAACGAUGAAUUGCGUCAAUUGUUACGUCCAGCCGCAGAAAAUGUGCCACUUGCCCAUUACGAUUAUAGACGUUUUUGACGAGUAUGCGUUGUCGAAUUCAGUGAGAGAGGAAGUAUACAAGUGUUAUCCGAAUGCCAAGUUGGCCCAUUUAAAAAGUGGCGGAAAUUUCCCGUAUUUAAGUCGGGCGGCAGAAGUGAAUUUACAUUUGCAGAUUCAUUUGAGGCAGUUUGAGGGUACCGAAUACGCUGCUUCUGAAAGAAGGAAGUCAUAACGCGACUAAAAUGCGACAUUGUAAACAAACGUUAUCAUAUCAACACUCAUAUAGGAUCUUCUACGUGUUCCAUCGACCAGCCUGAUUUACACGUUGUCAAUAAUGCAUACGUACUAAUACGUGUGAUUAUAAUAAAAGUCUUGAAACGUUUCUCAAA